GUUCCACUAAUUUUAACAAAUGAAAUAGUAGUAUUUUAUUGUGUGCAGAUCAAAAAGUGAAAUGGCUGCUAACUUGAAAGAGAUUGUUGGAAUAUAUCAAAAUUUAAAACGUGUCUGGGAUUCAAAACCACCAAAUUUAGAGAAAUCUGGAGAAUUGCUUUCGAAACUUAAAGUAAUAACUUCAUACUUUAAUAUGCAAAAUAAAUAUUGGUGUAAUAAUUAAUUUUGAUUAUGUUGUUUUUAGGGUAAACAUUUCACUCAGCAGCUCUAGUUCGCACCGUCAUCCGACUUCUUGACUAAAUUGACUUCAAAAAAUAUACCUGUAAAUUAUCAAUAAAUUAUAGAUAAAUUAUAUAGACCUGUAUAGCCUAUUAUUAAUAAAUACUUGAUAAUUAAUGCCUAACUUUGGUGUAUUUAACUUUAUUUAGGCCCUACUUUUUCAAGUUUUUUGGCUUUUGAUUUAUUACUAGGGAAGCAUUAUCCACACAGCUCUGUGAAUAACGUUGAGCGUUAUCCGCAGACCGAGAUCUGCGAAUAACGCCGAGCGUUAUCGGCAGACCAAAACUGCGAAUAAUGCAGAGCGUUAUUGUUAGACAGAAAUGUUCCCAUAAUUACGCACAUUUCUAGAAAUAAUUAAGAUCACAUUCCAAGCCGGGGUAGGGGUGUAGUUUUAAGUAGUGUAGGCGUAGGAUAUUUCGAUCGUUAAUGAGAAUGGCACAAACACAUCUCAAAACCGAAGCUACCGGUAUGCACAAGUUAAAUUUAAAAAAUGUAAUAGGCCUAACUAUAGCCUAUAUAUUGGAUAUAGGACAUUUAAUUGUGCCUACAUCUGCUCUGUUAGGGGCCAACAUAUUCGACCUAUAGAGUGUUACUAAUAGAUCCAGUCAAACCUCCUACUCCUAGACAUAGCUAAUUUUCUGGUAUUUCAUAAUAAAUGUUAUACCAGUAAUAAAUAUGGUACCGGUAUUCUUCAUGUAGACUCACUUUCACCCACUGUAGAGAUGUCUUUAAAUGAUGUCAAAGCUUGAUAGGAUAUCGUUUAGUUUUUUUAAAGCACUAUGAUAUAUCACAUAGUCCAGAAAUGUUCUGUCAGAAAUAGUUGACAUGCAGUGCAACAGUGUUAUGAUGCAGAGAGGUGUCUCCAUCAGGCGACCAUGUGAGAAACGGGGAGGGGCAUAUAGGCCCUACAUCGAUAAUAACAGAAUCUAAUCCUGUUUAAGGCUAGUAUUUUUUCCUGAUCCCUGAGGGUGUCCCUAAGUCUACCCAGCUCUGGCCUUAGCUGGGGAAAAGUAAAGCUGGCUGGUUAUUGCGCUGGCAAUACACUCCCACUUGUAAACGCUGCUUCAAUUGCCCCAAGGGAACUUUACUUCCCAAAGACUCGCAAUGCAUCCUACGACCAGCAGGGUUCCAAUUAAUUUUUUUAUGCUUUUUUUUAUAUUUAGACCCAUAGUUACAACAGUGGCAGUAUGGCUUUUUGUUUCAAUUAUCAACAUUUUUUUUACAAGAGCUAAAAUUGUUGAUGUCAAUGAUAUUGAUAUGUUUUAAGUACAGUACCGGUAUGUUCAUUUCAUUGUCAUCACUAAAUGUUAUUUCAACUAUUUCUGGAGCGGCAUAUUGUAUACUUAUUAUGAUACUUAUUAGAAAAUAAAAUGAAACAAAUAAAACGUGACAUAUUUUUUCAGCUAAACAUUAAUACACAACUCUGAGAUCUAAAAUAUUUGAAUAAGUAAGUUAUUAAUAAGUAUUUGUUUAUUAGAGAAAAAACAAAUGGAUGUUAAAGUCUAUGAGUGAAUUAUACAAAGAAAAUUAAACAGUCAAAACAGCUAAAAGUAUAUUACAACGUACAGUUAGAACAGCUGUAUCUGACUUAAACAUGGUUUAUGCGGCUCAUCUGCAUGUCCAUGUUGUUAACAGUUUUUUGACAAAACUUGAAUGAACAUUCUAACAAAAUAGAUUGAAACUUGUAACAUAAGUAACAAAACUAUAUGAAAAUAAUAAUAAAACUAUGUGAACAGAAUAAGAAAGCCAUAUGAAGAAUAUUAUAAUAAUAUAACACUAUGAUAUAUCCAUUAAAUAUUUUUUUAAAAAAAAUUUAUUUAUAAAAAUGAGGCUUCCCCGACGGGGAAUCGAACCUAUGUCUGCUGGGUGACGGGCGGAGAUACUGACCACUACACUACCGAGGAGAUCUUUACAUACUAACUUUGUAUUUUAUAUUCAUAAUUUAAUUUAUCACAUUCUGCGAAUAAUGUCGAGCGUUAUCGGCAGACCGAAAUCUGUGAAUAACGGCGAGCGUUAUCCGCACAGCUCUGUGAAUAAUCACUUCGAAGUUUUGCUUAGUAAAUUACUAUUAUCAGGCUUAGGUGAUGCGGUGCCUUAUAUAGAGUUUAUAGACUAUAUUGUUUAUGCAGGUAUGAUGAAUGCCAUAGACUUGGUAAACAGGAAAGCCAUAUAUUAAUAUAUUUUAUUAAAUUUACUGAAAUACAUAGUGCAUAAUAAUUAGAUAAGUUACAAUUUAUUAUUGUAUAACGGCAUACCCAACCACAGCAUUAAUUCUGAAAAUAAAAGAUGUAUAAAAUCAUCAUUAAAACAAGAGUUAUUGUCAGGACGCGAUCAGCGGAAUGGGGUCACAAAAUGUGGAAUUGUAGUUAAUAGUAAAAUAUUCUAAACUCUAAACAUAAUCGAAAUUUAAAAAUUCGUCGCUCGAAAAGUACUAAUGCAGCGGUUCUCAACUUGUGGGUCACGACCGCUUUGGGGGUGGAAAUGACCCUUUCACAGGGGUCGCCUAAGACCAUCGAAAAAAACAUAUAGUCUACAGUUAUGAAGUAGAAACUAAAAUAAUUUUGGGGUUGCCACAACAUGAGGAACUGUAUUAAAGGGUAGCAGCAUUAGGAAGGUUGAGAACCACUGUACUAAUGCCUGAAAGUUGUUUCUGGUUUCAUUUUUUCUUUGAAUUGAAAUUUGCUCUAUAUAACUGUAAUAUUUUUAUUCCUUUUUACUGAAGUAGCGGUGCCUACUUUUGUCACUUUUGGUUAACUUCAAGUUGAGUAGGUAGUAGGCACUUUGGUAUCGCCCAGAAAACUCCAGAAAAUCGGAUAUCUUAACUUUUUUGUAAAAAUGGUGACCUCCAAUUUUUAAUUUACAAAAGGUGUUGUUGGUCAGCCUUUUAUAGUCGAUUUUUAGCAUAAUAAUAAGUUCUACGUCCUUAAUUUUUUUAAUAAACAUUUUUUUAUACUGAGAAAUUACAAAAUAGUCCUAAUUAAAUCUAUUCUAAAAGUCUAAAAAGUAUGCCUAACUUAGUCUGCUGAACUAAACCUACUUUAAAAAAAUUAAAUUUGGCCUAAUAGUAAGACAGGCUACUAGGACCUAGACUAAUUAAUAAUAUAUUUUCCUUUUGGAUUUCUUCUCACUGUCAUUGUAAAGUGAAUAUAAACUAAAAACAAACAUGGUGUAUCUCAUCCAUAUAUUAAUUGUCUAAUUAAGAUUGCAUAGGUCACUUAAUAAAAUGGAGACUAAGAAAGGGAACCAGAAACAAAUAAGGUUGUGAAUGGGGAACUUGAGUGUCAAAAUCAGUUGUAAACACAAGGUCACAUAUGCUGAUCACUGAUAGGUGCUCAGAUCCCAGCAACAUGAAAUAUCCACUACCCAUUUUUUACUUUAACUGGCUUUGUUAUAGUGUGGAUGUUAACCAAAGCUAUAAUAGCAUGCUGGUGUCAUAUCAUCUUGAUGCAAGAUAUGGUAUAAUUUAGUGUACCAGAAAAAGUACAACUACUGGUAUUUCAAACAAAUAUUUACAAAGAUAUUAAUAUUGUUUAUUGUAAAGAAGAAUUUAAGGGUAUUCAGUUACUCUCUUUCAUUAACUUCCCUUUCAAAAUAUGAUCUUGUUAAGUAUUGGUCUCCAAAGAAAAUAAAUACUUUUAAUUUCAGAAGCAAAUACUAAUUUUAUCAUUGCUACCGGUAUCAUAAUAUUUUAUUUUAUGGUGUAUUGCUUUAUGUAUUUAACAAAAUAGCUAGCCCUUACCCAAGUAGCAUUCCUGCCAACAAAUGAAUCAUCUGUUUCUAAACAAGAACUGCUCAUUGCUCGUAAGUAAUUUCUCUCUACAUUGUCAUUAAAUUUAGUAUUUGAAAUACUUUUGUAUCUCAAAAUUUCAAGUUCUUAUUUAUAAAACAUUUUAAUUUUCAUCAGGGUCACUAUUCUUCUAGUUAUAUAAUUCAGUAUUGAGGUUUAAAUUGUUUCUAAAAGUAAAACUCAAUAUUAAUGUAAUAGAAUUGAAAUGUAAUACUUCAUAUUUACCAACUCCAUCUGUUCAAAAUGAGAAACAUGUAAACUAACUAUUUUGCUUACUUUCAGGUGACAUAUUAGAAAUCGGAGCACAAUGGGCUAUAGCUAAAAAAGAUAUCCCUGCUUUUGAACGAUACAUGGCUCAGUUAAAAUGUUACUACAUGGAUUAUAAGUGAGUUUUAUUGCUGUUAUCAGGUGAAAUUAUUUCAUGCCUUUUUAAACAAAAAAAUUUCAAUGUGCAUAUUAAAAAAAAGAAAACUUUUAUAACAAUAGUGUAAAUAAAUGUAUUCCUUUACUUAAAAAUUUAGUACUACAAUUCUUAACGCUAGAGUUCAAACUGUUAAUAGUAUGCUUUGCAUAUACUAAUUAAUUUUAAUUAAAAAAGAAAUUAAAAAAAUAUUGGACAUAAUUUUGUUUGUGAUUGAAUAGAUGAAACAACAUUUCCAUUUCCAUAUUGUUUCUAGUUUGUGAACCUAGGAAAUCAGUUAUGAAUUUUAGGAUUAAAAGCAGUUCAUAACUACCUGUGAGGGUUGUAUUCAAAUACUUGCAGUGGCUCAUGUCUCUUAUAUAGAUUGUCCCAAACACUUUGAAUAAUGUGUAAAAUAACUUAUUACGUACUGGGUACCAAAUGUAGGGUCCUAGUUACAAUAGUGGUAUGAAAAUAAUGAAAAGCUUUAGGGGUUAUUAUUUCUCUGAAAAUUUCUUUCUGCCAGAGAUGAUCUUCCUGAAUCCACUUACAAGUAUCAGCUUUUGGGACUCAACCUUUUGUGUCUUCUCUCUCAAAACAGAUUAGCUGAAUUUCAUACUGUAAGUAACUGUUUUUCAGAACCACUGUAUAAGGCUUUAAUUUUGGUAGCAAAGUUCAUGAAAAUAAUUUGUAAAAAAGAAAAGUUGAUAUUUAUUUUAAAGAAUACAAUUGAUUAUUGAUUAUUUCCUUUGGAUAGGAAUUGGAGCGUUUGCCUGUAAAAGAGAUUCAAAACAAUGUUUACAUCAAACAUCCAGUCAGCAUGGAACAGUAUCUGAUGGAAGGAAGUUAUAACAAGGUAUGAAACAUCUUACUUUUCAUUAGAGAUGUUUUAAAAUUUUGUUAUAUACCUAACAUCAAGAAUGAAAGGCUUACAAUACUAGAGAAUUCUUAAUAUUGUAUGUCAGCUUAAAAAUAAGAAUACAUUAGAUUCACUUCAUUUAACCCCAUAUUACCAUUUGCGCCUGCCUAUUACUCUUAGAUGGUGGCAUACUUAGCAGGUUGUUAUGUGUGAUGCUUGUUUGAAGCACCUAGCAACUCUUAAUAAAUUACAUUCAUCUGCUAAAAUUUACUGCUGCUCUCAUGAGAAUGAAUGAUGCUCAUGUUUGAAAAAGAAAUCAACAUGUUUCUAUUUUGUUAAAAAGUUUAAGUCCAGCAUGGCUUUCCAAGCUCAUGAAAAACAACAUGCGAUGUUCACUAGACUAACAAUUUUAGAUGAUGAAAUUAUAUAACAGAUAAAAUUUAUUGAAAUUAAUGAAGAAAUGAAUAAGGAGGAUUGCUAUGAACUGGAUUUGUGAGUGUGAUUGGUUGUGGAUGGAAUGAGAUGAGUUAAGGGGCCAGUUGUUUACCUGGGGCUAGUUGUGUUACUGGAGGAAGUGUCAAAUGUCAAUAAACAAGUGAGUUCUUUAAAAGGUGUUCGAAAACGGGGUGGGGUUAAUUUGUGGAGUUAUUAGUUACAGUUAUAGUAUGUUGAGUUGUCAUUAGAGUGGUCAGUGUGUUACUUUUCUGAAUUAAGAGGAAAAAAAUUGGACAUGGACAGUGCAUAUUCAAUGUUGUAAUUAUUAAGAAGCCAUGUGUCAGAAGAACCUUUAGACAUUUUGAGCCAAUGAACAACCUGUCAGAAUACUGAGGGAGUUGGUAACAAUGAUCUUAUAGGUUAAAAUAUUUCUGAAACAGACUAAAAUCAAUACAUCAGUAGAUAAUAAUUUUGGUGGUUGGCAAUGACCAUGGUGAUGACUGCCAAACUUGUGAAAAUGCACAGAGUCAACUUUAGAUAUUAUCAUUAAAAGUUUAUUCUUUAAAUAGUUCAAUUUGUUAUUAUGAUUAUAAAACAUCAUUCAUUUUGUUGCAUGUUUAUGUUAUUUCACUAGCAAAAAAAAAAAAAAAAAAUAUCCAUUCAGUGAGUUCUCUUAGCCAUAUCAGGGACCUAUUAGUGCUCAUUAAGAUUUGUGACUUCAGGGGGAGCACGAUGGUAAAUUCAUACAGAUUGGGGAACAAAAGAAUUUUUAUAUAUUUCUGUCCUCGCCCUGAUGGNGAGGGUGGGAUGUAUCAUCCAAAAUGUGUUUAGUUUUACAAAAACAUCUUUCUUCAAAAAGUUCUUCAAGUGAAGGAUGUUUAGUUUGUGUUAUGUUCCUAGCUUUCUUGAUUAGUCGGUUUAUGCGGUGUUUAAUAUCAGACGUUGAAUUCCCACACCAGCAGGUAAUAUUGAAAUUCAGUAGGUUUCCAAUUGUUGCACUGUAUAAUAAGUUACUGACUUGUUUGUUUCGCCGAAAUUGUAAAGUUUUUUGAGGUAGAACAGUUUUUGGUUGAAUUCUCAUAUAGCAUUUGGCCGUGUUCAGGUCAUUUUAGCUUAUUAUUAAUGGUGACACCUAAGUACUUAUAUUUAUGUACUUUCACUACACUUUGAUUUUUUAUGUUGAGAUCUGUAAUCUGGUGUUUACCCCUCCUGAAAUCAUUUCCUUAUUUUUGAGACAUUCAGCUGGAGAAAAUUUUCAUCACACCAAUUAAUAAAGCUUGUAACUAAAUUGCGACAUAAGCCUUCUCCUUUAGAUAUUAAGCCAACGAUGGUGGUAUCAUCAGCAAAUUUAAGAUUGGAAUGGUGUUGCGUGAGCUUUGAAUAUCAUUGAUAUGUAUUGUAUCCAGUACAGGGGAGAGAACGCAGCCUUGUGGCGCCCCGGUGCUUAUUUCUCUGGUUAGAGAUAAUUGGCUAUUUACCUUGACAUAUUGUGGUAAAUUGGUUAAAAAGUUCAGUAUCCAAGCUUGAAUAUUUAAAUUUACACCUAACGAGAAGUUUCUUUAUCAUAAGGUGUGGUUGGAAAGUGUUAAAUGCUGAUUAAGUCUAAGAAUAGCACUCUGACAUAUUUUUUAGGACUGUCUAGGAGAUAGUAAAGUCUCUCCAACAAUAGUAAGAUUGCAUCCUCCGUACUUCUGGCAGGUUUGUAAGCAAAGUGGUGGGGGUCAAGUUUUUUCUGUACUUGAUUCAAAAUUUGUCUCUGAAAACAUUUCAUUACAAUAGAGGUAAGUGCAACAGGUGUAAGUCGUUGGACGUUACCUUAUUUUUCUCUGGAAUUGGUAUGAUUUCUGAAGUUUUUCCGAAUUGUUGGUAUUGUUUGAGUUACAUAAGAUUUAUUAAAUAUAUAACCAAAAAAUAUAAGAGAGCUGCUCUGAGCUUAGUUCAACAAGCCGACCACUUAAUUUGUCUGGCCCCAAGCCCUUGGCUGCGUCCACUUGUUUAAAUACUGACAUCACUUCGUGUUUGGUGAACAAUAAAGUACCAUCCUGUGUACUACUGCCAUCUUUAAAUGAAUUCAUCAUCUCAUUGUGUACACUUCCAAAGUCCAGACUGUCAAAACGACAAUAAAAGUAAUUUAAGUCGUUAACAAAAUUCUUCACGUCCUCAACACACAAGCAUUCAUGGAGUAUAACCUGUUAUUUGCUUUAGGCCAGUCCAACAAGCCUUUGAGUUGUUAGUAAGGAAUAAUUUUUCGAUUUUUUUGUUUGUAUUGUUUUUUUACCCUGAUAUAUUUUUUCCUUCAAUAAUUUUUUAGCUUUAAUGAAUUGCUGAUCGUUAAUUGUAAACAUGGUCUUCUUGUGGAGUAUGGCCUCCCUUUUUUUUAGGUGGAAUGUUAUGAUGGGACCUCAGAAUGACACAAUUGUAAACAUGGUCUUCUUGUGGAGUAUGGCCUCCCUUUUUUUUAGGUGGAAUGUUAUGAUGGGACCUCAGAAUGACACAACCGUCUGUAAAGACUUGAUACUCAACAUCAAGCUUUGUCUUGAAAUGGAUUACAAUCGUUAGUGGUCUGAUAUCUCCUUAACUCCAAUUGUUAUCAUUUUUUUGUCCCGGUCCAAAAAGAUAUUAAUUUAUAAUAUGAAGUAGUUCUGUCUUAUUUGUUUUAUAAUUUUUAUUUUUCAGGUUUUCUUGGCAAGGGGGAAUGUGCCAGCUGAUAACUAUAAUUUUUUCAUUGAUAUUUUAUUAAACACAAUCAGGUGAGUAAAUGAAAAGUGCCAGUUCAAUAGCUUUCAGCCACACAGCAUAUGUUAAGUAUAUAUUAUAUUAUUAUAAAUUAUGUUGACAAUUAUUUUGUUUUCAGCCCUUUAAUUCCCAUAUUUUUUCUCAGAGAUGAAAUUGCUGGUUGUAUAGAAAAGGCAUAUCACAAAAUUGGUCUUUCUGAAGCUGCUAGAAUGCUUUUCUUUGAUUCUCAGAAGCCCAUAAGAGAUUAUGCUACAAAGGUAACUUCACAAAAAUAAAAAUUCUAACUUCCAUUACAAUAUAUUUCUAUGCUUGUUGCAAUGAGUAAUGAAAAAGAGGGUUGACUUGGGCAAAAAUAAAAAAGGUUAAAGUAAACAAAUGGAGAAGUAUAUUGAAGACUUAAAAAAUCCAGGAUAAAACAAUACAUUAAUUUUCCUGCCCGCCCGCCCUUAUGUAUUAUACAGUGGUACCUCGAUAACGAAUUAUACAAAUUUAAUUUAUUCCGUAACCUUGUUCCUAAGUCAAUUUGCUUGCAUCUAAAAGCAAUUUUCCCCAUUGAAAUUAAUAGAAAUGCCAUUAAUCCAUUCCAGCCCCCAAAAUGCUACCUCAGUUGUUUUUGUUACGUGUUUUUGAAUAAGAAAAAUGCAUUUAUAGAUGACUAAUAUUGUAUAAUAACAUAAUAAAAGAGAAUGUAAAGAAAUAAAGUAGUUUUAUAAAGUGUAUUUACCUUGGAAAUCAGCCGACUUGAGUUUAUGGAAGAUGCUGGCAGAGGUGUAGGGUGGAGGAGAUAGGCGAAGGAGCUUCACUUCGUUCACUUACUGUACUGUUAAUGCUAAACUCUUUUGGUCAUUUUAAUUCACUUACUUGUUACACUAUUAAUGCUACACUUUAUCCAUAAACUUAAUGGAAACUAAACUUUUAAAUCGUUACUGGUUUUAUUAGCCUUUAUUAAAUUGGGUGCUUUCAUAACAGUUUGGCAAUAACCAUAAAUGUUUUAUUUGAAACUGGUGUCAGCACUUGUUACCCCAGGGGUGACGAGUUUGUCUCGCAAUUAGAGCCAUUCUGAAUCAAUAUAAAACAAAUUUAAUAUUAAUAUGUUUUUAAUUUUAAGAUUAAUUUUAUAUUGUAUUUAUUUGAAUUUUUCAGCGCCAAUGGGACCUGCAGAAAGAUUUCUUUUACUUUAUCCAAGAAGCAAAAGAUGCUGAUCAUACAAUCCCAGCCAAGUUAUUGGCACAACAAACCAUUGAAUAUGCCAGAGAAUUAGAAAUGAUAGUUUAGUCAUAAUUAGUCACUUUUUGUUUAUUUAAUUAUUCCUCUUGACAUUUAUAUAAAUCUGGUUAAAGUGACAUAAUGAUACAGGCUUUUUGUGUAAGUAUGGUUAAAAACAUCACCACCUUUGUUUUUAAAAAAAAUUAACAAAGGAAAUUAGUAUUUUUUAAAAUGAUAUUCAAUAAUUAAUAAGUCAGCAAUUUUUAACUAGAUGACCAUAUUGAUAAAUUCUAUGCUGUCAAUUUUGUUAGCAUUCCAAUAAACUUUGUAACAAUAUAAUGAACCAGCAUUGAAAAUUACUAGACAAGAAUUGGGUGCCAUUACUUGAACUUUUACAAUACACUCUGAAGAAAUCAGAGUGCAUGGCUAUGUAGAUUGUUAUAUUUACUUUGAUUUUUAUUUUUUGAUUUUCAGUCAUUUGCCCUGAUUUUGAUAUUAAAAUCAUUUCAAAACAUAUUUAGG